UCGGUGACUUGUUGCGAUCUCGGAGGAUUCUUCUGCAUUAGUAUUAGCAUCGUGAGCAAAACAGCUAACGGGGCGAACCAAAGACAGACUGCCCAGCUCAGCCUACACGCCCAUGACUAAGGCAUAAAACUACAGCUAUGUAAAUGAACCUUGGCCGACUUGUCAUCUAGCUUUAUUUUUAUGUUCUUGCCCCCUGAAACUGUUUGUGGUGUAGAAAGCGCUUGCUAGCUAACUGUCGAACAGAACAUGGAUCCUGAACGUCAGAAACGAAGAGAAGAAAUCCAGAAAGCAAUGAGCUUCAUCCAGUCCUCACUACCCUUUCCAGAACCAGAAAAUUAUGAGGCGUUUCUGACCCAGCUGGUGUGUAAUUUACUGGAUGAAGGCAACGCUUGCUUUCGUGAUGGGGACUGGCGUCAGGCAUCCCAGCAGUACGGGGAGGGGGUCAGUGUGUCCCGGUAUGCCCAGACUGAGGCACUUAUUAUCCCCCAUGAGCUACUGGAAGGCCUCUAUGUGAACAGGGCAGCAGCCUUUUACCAAAUGAGGGAGUAUGAGCGGGGUGUUCAGGACUGUGACAAUGCUUUGUGCAUAUCUGAAGGAAGCCGCAGGGCUUUGUACCGGAAGGCCCUUUGUCUACGAGAGUUAGGACAACUUAGAGAUGCCUAUGAAUGUGGAACCAAAUGUCUUCUCACAGCACCACAUGACAGGCAGGUGAGCGAACUGGCCCAGGAUUUAGCUACUAAAUUGGGAUUGAAGGGCCGCAAAGCAUAUGUGAGCCUCCAGACUGAGUCCUCAGCAUCAGACGGAGAUGUGUCUCAACCCACCGGGGAGAUGUCAUCCAAUGGUCUGGAAUCUUUGGGGGACAUUGGAUCAGCAGACCUGUCAAGUGCACAGUGCAUCCCUGCUCCUUUAGCUACACCCAUCCCAGUCAGUGAUGAACCGGCCAGCCCUGGUGUCACCUCCUGCACCGAGCUCCCAGAGAGCCCCAGCAGCCAGGGAUUGGCUCCUAUGCAGUACUCUGUGCCUGUAUCAGAGCACACGGAUGAGUGCAGCAGCAGCAUCACAGAGAAGCUAGACAGUCUGUUGGAUUGUAUGCCUAAGAAAGUCAGUGAGAAUCCUGUCCAAGGUGCUAUUCCAACCAACCUUCCCAACACCGCAGUGGGUCUCCGUCCUCCGUACUCCCCAGGUCUGUCCUCUCCCUCGCAGCAGCUCCCCUCAGCCUUCUUCAGCUCCUCCAUCAGUGACAUGUCCUCACUAGAGCCUUACUCACCUCUGGGACAGAGAGACCAGGGAUCCACCCAGGCGCAGGACGCUCUGGGAACCUUCUCCACCAGUGCCACAGAUGGAGAGGGGAGUAACGGAGGUCUGGACUCGCUCUCUGAAUACACUCUCCCAGGUGGACGAGUGUGUCCAAGCUUUAUUCAUGGACUACGUAACCACAGCUCUGCACAUGCAAAUGGUCCAGGCGGAACAAACCUGUCGCUUCUCUCUAGAAAUCCUCUGGCCGCCACACAUGAGUUUCGACAAGCCUGUCAUGCUUGUUAUAGUCGAAUAGGCCCACGAGUGAUGGACUACAAAUAUCAGCCAGAGGCAGCACACCGCUGUAAAAGAGAUGUGCUGCUGUGCCGCCUGAGGAACACGGACGACCCCACAUGGAAGAGAAUCAGGCCACGACCUGCUCGCAACAACUUCCUUGGGGCGUUCGUUCUCUGUAAAGAGGUGCAGGAGCGUCAAGAGUGUCAGUAUGGGGAGAACUGUACAUUUGCUUACUGUCAGGAGGAGAUCGAUGUGUGGACUCAGGAGAGGAAGGGGGCUCUGAGCAGAGAGCUUCUGUUUGACCCUCUGGGCAGCACAGAAAGACGGGCCCUCAGUGUCACCAGGCUCUUACAGCUCCACAUGGGCAUGUUCAUGUUCCUCUGUGAGGAAUGUUUUGACAGUAAGCCCCGCAUUAUAAGCAAACGCAGCAAAGAGAAUUUGUCUGUCUGCUCCAACCUCACAGCUCGACACCCCUUCGACGAUAACAAGUGCCUGGUGCAUGUGGUGAGGUCCGCCAAUGUGCGCUACAGUAAGGUGCGUCCUCUACACCCACUGUGCCAGUUUGAUGUGUGCCGCCAUGAGGUGCGCUAUGGGUGCCAAAGGGAGGACAGCUGCUCAUUCGCACACUCGGUCAUUGAACUCAAAUGCUGGGUGCUUCAGCAAGACACUGGUAUUACUCAUGAAGAGAUGGUACAAGAGUCAAAGCGACACUGGCAAAGGCUUGAGCAGAACGCACAGAAGCAACAGAAGCCCAUCCAUUAUCACCCAAGCAGCAGCCUGCCCCCAGCUGGAGUGGGGGCCAUGGGCAGCAGCAGUGGUGGGGUGGAUGGUGUGGGAAGUGGAGGUAUAAGCCCAGUGACUGCAGUUGGAAGUCUGGGAGGAGCAGCAAGAGGCCGUCCCCUCAACCUCAAAAUGAAGUUUGUAUGUGGCCAAUGCUGGAGAGAAGGGCAGGUCAAUGAGCCUGACAAGAACCUCAAGUACUGCACGGCCAAGGCCAGGCACAGCUGGACCAAAGAGCGGCGAGUCUUGCUGGUGAAAUCAUUUGAGAAGAAAAAGUGGGUUGUGGUCCGGCCUCUGCCCUUUUCCCGCACGUAUCCUCAGCAGUACGAUAUGUGUGUUCAUGUGAUGAAGCAGAAGAAGUGUCACUACAUUGGAAACUGCUCGUUUGCCCACAGCCUGGAAGAGCGUGAUGUCUGGACCUAUAUGAAAAACAACAACUUGCGAGACAUGCAGCAGAUGUAUGAACUGUGGCUGCAGCUGACCAAUCAGAGCCGCCGAACAGAACACUCUGCUGUGACUCCACCCCCAGAAGACAAGCAGGUCACAAUAACAGCAGACUACACAGAAGGCAUGGCCGGCAGGAGAUUGUCAGAUGGUGAUGACCUCUGAAUGUUCCUGCUGUGGUAAAACACAGGGAGAUGUGAUCUGACACAUGUGUGCUGUAGCAGGCUGCUGUCCGACGUCACCCACAUGUGUGAUGCAAGAGACACAUUCACUCAACACAACAAAUCAGAGAACACCUGCGUAAGAGGGACUAUUGUUAGUCUUUCUGAAGCCACAGCACAUUUACUCUUUCAUUCCUAAAUUUUUUUGUGGUGUAGCUGGAUACUGUAUCUAAGUAAACUCCUAAAUUAUACAGUGGCUGCUCUACAAUAGAGAAUUUUGGGAUGUUUUUGAAAAAUGCUUACAAUGUCACAUUGUCAUAAAUUGUCAGACUCUGUUGCUACACAACAACAAAUUGACCACAAAUACUUCAGAUCUCUUUCAGACAUGGCAGUGAUGGUUCAGCAGCUUCUUUAGAGUCAACCUGAGAUAAAUUCCAUUUUGUGUGUGUGCGUGUGUGUGUCUGUGUAAAUUUCAGACCAAAGCAUAUUUUGACUUUAAAGCCUUUUGUCUUAAAUGCCUAACCACUGUAAAGAUGCAGUGAUGAUUGAUUAUCCUUCUAAUUCAGGCAAUUGGAAAAGAAUGUCACAUUUAGUAUCCAACUACAGCAUAAUAAAAUGGAAGGAAUUAAAGAGACUCUAAACACUUCCUGGAGUCACUGUAUUCAAAAACAUGAUCAUGAAUGUACUGCAGUUACACAGCAGCUUUAGGUAUGCCCUGGCCAAGUGAUUGAAUGGUAGAAAGAGCCUUACCCAGUGCUCUAUUGACUGAGCGCAUCUCCACCAGGCCCCCUUUUAAAUGUUGGCAGCACUGAGGCCAUUUGAUGUCACCACGCUGGCCGUGGUACUUGCUCAUGUUAGUUAUGUCAUAGCGUUCAGUGCUAGCACCAGAGACAUUGUGAGGAGAUUCUCGAUGGAUUGUACAAUCAUUUUUAAACUGCGUCAAUUCUGCUCUUUUAUCCCUUUGUGGGAACAUUGCAUCAACAAGACUUCCAACUGAUAGCUAGUGGGAGUUGUACUUAUAUUUUCUGCCAUAUUGGUGGACACCUCUGAAUGUUAAGUUAUGAUGGGCCUUUAGAUGAGACGGUCAGUCUUUUAAAGCAUUGUUAAGGCUUAUGGGUGAAUGUAAGUCUACUUACAAGACUUAAGAGUGUGCAUGCAACAUCACUGAUCCUCUCCUUUCCCCUGUCCUUUUGAUCACAGUAAAGACAACAAAACACUUUUGUCUAAAUAGUACGUCACCCAAGUUGAAGAAUGGUGUUUGAAGUAUUUGUAGUAAGAAUUAAGAUGAUGCUCUGAAAAUGUGAAAACGGCUGAUAAGGUAAUGAAAAAAGUAAAUUCAUGAAUUGAAUUAGUAUUAGCCAAUCUCCUUUAUCCUACACAUGGACAAUUUCCUGGACACAGCCUCACUCCUUCUAGGCCUUUGUAAAGUAAAGUGUUGUGGUGAGAAUCUGUUGGCAGAAAGGGAUUCCCACAUGAUCUAGUGCCUGAUCGAGCUCAAACGCACAUGUAGAAGGGCAGGAAAUCUGAGGCCAUCAUAUUCUUGUCUUUAGCUGUUUAAGUCAGACUGUAGAGCUAUAUUCAAAACCUAUACACAUUUAUAGUAUACAUAUUUACAUUUAAUGGCAUACUACUAAUAAUAAUUGAUAACUUAGCAAUUAAGCUUAAUAAAUAUAUAACCAGUAAAAGCUGUAUUGAUUACAUAUAGAACAUUGAGGUAUAAUGCUAUAAAAUAUGUAUUGCUGAACUAGGUGACUAUAGUUAUGUUUUCUUAAGAUAUCUUCUCAUUUUGUAAUUUUUCUGUCUGUGAGGGUUGUUCCAGACAAGGGUUGAUUAUGUACAAUGAGAUAUUUUUGAAUGGGAAGGAAAAUUUUAUUUGCACACUUAAACUUGAUACUAGUCAUAUUUCUAUUUUUGGAAUAGUGUGAAAAUUUAGAAUUUUACAAAUGUUGAAGGCAACAUUUCUUUGCUAGGUUGUUUGGAUACUUAAGUUGAUUUCUGUAUUGUAGAAAAUUGGACCAUUUAAUGAUUUAAAAUUUGAUCUGACAUUUUGAGGACUUUUCCCCAUUCAAGAUGUAAUAUUUAGUUUUAAAUUUAUUUAAAUCGCUAUGGCAACUGUCCAAAUUUUGAUAAUUCUGAAACCUAUGGACAGAAGGCCUUGUGUGGAACAGCCCUAGUGUUUCUUUGAGGGUAUUACUCAUAGUAUAAUGAUAAAUAUAAUGACUAUGAUUGCUAUCUAUUGACCAUUUCUAUUUCUCUGCUAUAUACUAUCUAUAUAUAUAUUAUGUAUGUUAAUUGCAAUGUAUAACUCAUUCUUUAUAUAUGUAGCCAUGUAUGAAUAUGAUAUCUAACUCUUAAAUAUGUCCGUGUAUGCAGCGUUUCCGAUUUGAGGCAGUGAGCUAAAUGGUAAAUUCAGAAAUCUUUACCAUCUUUUAUUGUUCUUAAACCACCUCACUGCCUCGCUGUACAUUUUCUUGCUAUUGACUGACUAGAUGUAGAAGCGACUGCAUACACAGAUCCUUAUAUACUCCCAUAUAGCGCCUUAUUCGAUAUAUUCAACCUAUAAGAUGAUACAUACCCUAUUGUAUAAUCCUGCUCACUAUAUACAGUAUAUGAUAUCUGAUACCUAUUAUAAAACUUAGACUCCCGUAUAAGGUUAUUUAGAUAAGAAAUGAAUACGUUUUGCUGUGGCUGUAAACAUUUGUGGUCAUUUGUCUCCAACUGUAGGCUGUUUGGUGUAGGGCUGGGUGAUAAAGUAAUACAUUUUUCCUUCAUAUUAGUUAAUAACAAUUUUGAAUUUUUGGACAAUGGAUUUUGUCAAAACCAAACCAUUUAACACAUUAAAUAGUCAAAUUCCUUCAUCCUAAGUUUGAGCUCCAAACCACAUAUUUUAAAAAGGAGACAAUGUUUAAAAAUUUGAUAAACUGCCCAGCCCUAAUUUUUAUGCCAAAUAUUGAAAACAAUUUUAAUUUGAUCAAACAUUUUUGUUCAGAAAUGGGUGUUAUAAAGGCUGGGCUCAUGACGCAAACAAAAUAGGAUAGCACUUUCAUUUAACACAAUUACUUACACAAUUAUGACAGUAUGAUCAGCUAAACAAUGGUUCCUUUUACCUUCUCGAUAAUUAGAAUCAUUUGUAGACUCAAAUUCUUUAUACAUGCAGUCAUGAUCUCAGCCAACAACCACAAUUGUGUUUCUGGUAUUUCAUUCGUUAGUCAUUUUAUUUUAUUUUUUUGUUGCAAGAAAGGUUUUGCCAUUGACAUUUGUUUACGGAAAACUUUUUCUUUUUUUUUUUUAUUAUUACAUAUUUUCAUUUUUGUUUUAUGUUCCCCUUGGAUGGACCAUGAAUGAUCACAAAAAAUGGACCAAAUCUCUUGGAAGUGAAAUAAAGAGAUUCAGUUAUUGUCU